GCCGCCACCAUCGUAGGAGAGGAAAGAGAGAGACAGACCACGAUAUCAGGCUAGCUGGCUAACCUCAGACCCUCAGCCCCACGGCGUGACACAGGACCACAAACCCAGCCCUCCGCGCCGGCCCACUCCCACCACCCAGGCUUCGUUGGUUGGGCCCCCUCUCAUCUCCAGCCCUGGCCAGCGGUGAUCGACUGAAACGUAGGCUCCGCUCCCUUCCUGGCGUGACUGUCAUGGCAUCCAACAGCAUCUUUGACUCCUUCUCCAACUACAGCAGCAAUCUGCUCAGAGAGCCGCCCACCACCAGACGGUUCACGCCGCCCUCCACGUCCUUCCCCUGCAGUAAGAUCGUAGACGUCAACGGGGCCAUGGCCACCCCGGGGCCCCUCAGGUCACGACCGGACACCAGGAACGUGGUGGACGUCCUGGCGGACCACGCCGGCGAGCUGGUGCGCACCGACAGCCCAAACUUCCUCUGCUCCGUGCUGCCGUCUCACUGGAGGUGCAACAAGACGCUGCCCGUGGCUUUCAAGGUCGUCGCUCUCGGGGACGUGCCCGACGGGACGCUGGUCACCGUGAUGGCCGGGAACGACGAGAACUACUCGGCCGAGCUGAGGAACGCCUCGGCCGUGAUGAAGAACCAGGUGGCACGCUUCAACGACCUUCGCUUCGUGGGCAGGAGCGGACGAGGGAAGAGCUUCACUCUGACCAUCACCGUGUUCACCGGACCCCCGCAAGUGGCCACGUACCACCGCGCCAUCAAGGUCACCGUGGAUGGACCCCGGGAACCGCGCAGGCACAGAGUGAAGAUGGAAGACCCCCAGAAGAUGCAGUUCUCCGACAGGUUGUCAGAGAUCGAGCGCUACCAGCGGACUAUGCGAAUAGGCCCGGUGAACAACAAUCCCCGCCCCAUGCACCAAACCCACCUCAGCACCACACAAGCCCUGUGGCAGGAGCAAAUGGACACCCCCGCUCUGAAGACAUGCAAGGUGGAGGAGGACCUGAGACCAUGGCCAGGGUCAACAGAUAUCUUCCAACAGAGGAGCAGCUUCCCUUCUCUCUCGCCGCUGACUGACCCCCGCUUCUCAGACCCUCGGAUGCAUUACCCUGGGGCCUUCCCCUACUCCGCCAACACCUCCAGCAGCGGCAUCAGCGGCCUCAGCAUGUCAGCCUCUUCUAGAUACCACACCUACCUGCCGCCACCCUACUCGAACAACCAGACCCAAAACUUCCAGUCCAAUUCCUACCUGUAUUACGGCGCAGGCUCUGGAUCCUACCAGUUCUCCAUGGUUGCGCCGGGAAACACCGGAGGGGAGCGCUCCCCCACCCGCCUGCUGUCCUGCUCGGGGGCCGGUGGCCCCGGAGGGACCAACAGCCUGAUGAAUCCCGGCUUGAACAACCAGAGCGAGGGCGUGGAGGCCGACGGCAGCCACAGCAACUCCCCCACGGCCAUGAGUGCUUCGGGCCGCCUGGAUGAGUCCGUCUGGAGGCCUUACUGACUGACAGACAGCUAGACAAUCAAGAUGGUGCGGGAGAGAGUGAGGAAGGAAAAGGAAAGACGACGAUAAACAAAAAAAAAGAAGAAAAAAAAAAAAAAAAUGCUGAACACUGAAAGAAAAGAAAGAAAAUCAAACAAAAAUAUCGGAAAAGCUGCAUGUUUGUCUUUAAUUUCUCCAGCACUCGCUUUAAAGACUGUGUUUUACAACUCUCCCAAGACUUCCAUGUAUUUUGUACAUUUUGAGUGAACUCCUGCACCGUGCUGAAACAUGUAUUCCUAAGAGACUAUGAAAGCCUUUUAAACGGAGAUAAUGCUCAGCGGAGACUGUAAGUAGACGUGAGGGUAAGUAAAAGCCAUAGUAACGUUUCAGGAAGGUUUUUCUGACAUUAAACCAAAGACAAAAGAACAAGAGACAACAGAAGAAUAAAAUCCAUCAGUGCAGUGGAUGAACUGAAAAACUGCAGCAGACACUCAUCAAGCCGACCGGUCAGACUGAUCCAACUUACAUGGACACUGGCCAGGAGCAGUCACACUGAACUUUUCCUUCAGGAGUGACUCCGACAUCCUUCCACGGCAUGGCUGCACUGCUGUAGAGAUUGUUUCUUUUAAGGUUUAGUUUCUGCAACAUUUAAACAUUGCAAAAAACAUUGUCAGUUGUGAAAACAUCCUCACAAGCGUACAGUGCGUCUAUGCAGUGCCUUAUCGCCUAAUUCAUCAUCCAUACGAACAUUAACAGCCAUUGGUGCUACAGUUUACCAGUCGGUGGAUGUGUCAACACGAUCGCUGCAUAUUUGAGAGAAAAGCAUUUUAAUGUGUCAGGACUUACACGUUUAAGGACAUAAAUUCUCCUCUGCUGUGUCAUCAGCGCAUCACGUUUUCAACAGGACACUGGCUGAUAUUUAGAGGAAUGUAAAAGGCAAAAAAAGCAGAGGAGUCUUUAUUGGGUUUCUUUUUCUGCAGGUAUAUUUAUAGUCCUGUUGUGUCUUCUCUUUAUUUUAUCUUUAAAAUGUAUUUUCCAAUCCCCAUUUUCUCGGCAAAGAAAAGUCUGUCUGGUUUUUGCAACCGGAUGACACGGUUUACUUUUGAUAUUUAUUUGAGCCAAAUUGUGAGGAAAUGUGCGCAUAAACCCCAACAAAUCCUUGAGCAUUUCUCGCUACCUUUCCUUUUAUACAUAUAUAUGAAUAUAAAUGCAUACAGUAUAUAUACCGUUUUGUUGUUAAGUAUAAAUUUGGAAUUUGUGUAAUAUAUUGUUAAAUUAUGAAAAACAAAAUCUUUAAUGUAAUUAUUUUGUCUUCCAAUGUAGCUUUGAUGCACUAAAAACCUUUAUUCCUUAUGAACCACGCAGAUUCAGCGAGUCAGAUGGUGUAUCCAGAGCCGCAGUCUUUUAAAUUUCCAAAUUGCCUUCCUCUGCUAAAUGAGUCAUUUGCAUUACUAUUGCACUAUGUUUGAAUUCAUUUAUCUCAUAUGGUUUUGCAUUUAAAAAGAGGAUGCAGGGCUAGACAUUCAAAAAAGAGAAAUCCCCAAACGUGAAUACAAUUAAAGUGGCCUUUUUAUAAAUCCUACAUUAAAAAGGAUUUCAUGAUUACACACACACACACAAUUCCUCUCCCACAGAUGUGUGUGUGCACCCCCCCUCCUUUCCUGAGGCCACUGCAGUUGCUUGUGAUCCCUCUAUGGCUCGAGGAGGGUGAGGAUGAAGGGAUAGAAGGAGGCAGUGGGGUCAGAGUGAUCUUCUUACCAACACCUAGCACAGUAAUGCAAAAAAAAAAAAAAAAUCCCUCGUUGUGCACAGGUCCCUUUGUUCUGAAUAAUCAGUUUGUGCUUUGAAGCCUUUAUGGCACCGGUUCUGUCUUUGCUGGUCUAAUUUACUGAUCAUCAGUGCCAGGGGCUCAGCGCUCUGCCAAUAAUUCAUACACCUGCACAGAUUAUCUCAGUAUCACCGAGGCGUUAACGACAGGUGUCAGGUGUCGAACAUUCACCCGGAAAGUCCUCCACAAGAAGGAAGAUGAUUAGCGUGACUCAGUGAGAUGGGUAUUUGGUUGAGUCACAAGUGAGAUUUAAUUUCAAAGUGAAUACAAAAGCUAGCAUUUGCAGCUCAGGUAAUAAUAAAAGACUCAUUAUCUGCCUUAUUCCUACUUUUUAAAACAAUCAGAAACAAUGUCUCAUUCCUAAUUCCUCUGGGGCCUUUAUAUGGUAGAAGACCUCUUCUUUUUUUUUUACUAUGGACAAAAAUCAUGCAGCUAGAGAAACCACAUGGUGUAUUUGUGUGGUUCCUUAUCAAAAAAACCAAAGAUCUUCACAACUGCCUGUAGUCCAAUUGGUUGGAUAUAAAUGAUGGGAAAGAUGUGUGGCGAGUCUUCGUUGACCUCUGAUAUCAUUCUUUAUGCAAAACAACUGGAUUGUAUUUAAUUGUAUAUUGGAUUAAAGAGCACAAUGUUACAUUUUCUUUUACUUCUUUUUAAAAGAACCCCUUUUCGUUUACCAAACUGUUACAUCAUCCUCCCCCUCUUCAUUUCUCUUUUAUGCUCAAAGCAUGUACAUCUGAAACUGAUAUGUUAAUUUAAGAAUCUCAUUUACGUAUGUAAUAAUAUCGUUAAUGCUUCCAUACCGAGUGCUUGUACAAUCUGCGGAUAAUGUAGUUUUUAAUCAUUUUAAUUAAAAAACAUGUGUCUCA